UGGCGCCAUCUCGUAAAGUAAUCUCGAGACCACGAGAGUUUUGCGCCUCGGAUCUCGUUCUUCUUCGCGAAACAUCAAAUCGUUCGGUGAUGCACCUGUAACCUGUUAACAUCUCAAGCGUAUUCCCGAUUGUCCAGCAUAUGUAUAGUAAUUAAUCUCGAUUCGAUAGCGCGAUUCUGGUUACGUGCGUUCGUCCGAGAAGAUGGAGGACAUUUUGAACGAGGUUGUUUCCGCCGAGGAUUUAAAGAAAUUCGAACGCUUGUAUCACGAACAAUUGUACUCUGAGGAUGUUUCGCAAAAAGCGCAAUUCGAGUAUGCCUGGUGCCUUGUGAGAAGUAAAUAUUCGGCCGAUAUUAGGAAAGGAAUAUUGCUAUUGGAAGAUCUCUAUAGCAAGCAGUCAGGUAGCGAAUGGCGUGACUGCCUUUACUACUUGGCCAUUGGAAAUGCUAGAAUAAAGGAAUAUACAAAAGCACUGUCGUACGUCAGAGCGUUCCUUCAAGUCGAACCGCAAAACACACAAGUACAACAAUUGCAGACACUGAUAAGGAAGAAGAUGGAAAAAGAGGGUCUUCUCGGUAUGGCUGUCGCGGGAGGCGUUAUUAUCGGUAUCGCAAGUAUCGUGGGCCUGGGCAUCGCGAUGGCCAAAAAAAAUUAAAUACCCGUGACAGAGAGUUGUGUGAUAUCGAUAUAUGAUUGUGAUCAUAGCUAGUAUUCGCGAAGUGGUGUAAUUUGCCUCGUAAUUACUUGUUUGAAACCUGCAAAUCUGAAAUGGGAAUGAUUAAUGUACCAGGACCUCGACCAAAUCCAAAGAAUGCAAUCUGUGACAUCGGCGUUAAUAUUGCUUUUGUAUCAUUAACAGAUAAAAGACAGAGAGCUGAAAGGAGAAACUGAUAGAAAAGAAAAAAAAAAACAAUGAUCCACUUGUAGAUUGAACGCUUGCAAUAUCAAUAUCACUUGGUGAAUCAUGUUGAAUAUAUCGUUUAAAAUAUUAUCACUCGUUUUAUACGUAUAUGUCUACAUGUCGUGUAUCCUCGUGAUAUUCGCUCAAGAUUUCAUUUCAUUCUCGCGAAAAUUUCAUUUAAAUCUUGCUUGUGCGGAUACAUUCCGGCGCUGCGCGUCCGCUUCUCUCUUCCUUUGAUUAUGAUAUGGUGUUUGUUUUUUUUUUUUAAAUUAGACCGGCUCUAUAAUGCUAGUUAUAUGCGAUUUUAGUUUAAGCGAGCCACCAAAGCACUACGAUAAAUAGAGCAUUUUGUACAUAGGUAAACGACGUAGUGCGGGCGAUUUGUUUUGUUACCGGAUCCUCUUGACAGAAGUCGACGUUCGGACGAUGUUCUCGCCGCUGCGAAUUAUGCUCUUUGCAUGCGCAACUUUGCUCAAAGCCGCUCGGAACCCGACGAUCCUAUCGUAACGCAAUUAUGUAGAAUAUAGGACGGUGUCCCGCUUUUCAUUUGCGGUAUCGCUGAACUGAAAUUUAUUCACACGGAAAAUUUAGCAUAGUUUCACCCGUAACGAGUUUGCGGCUCGACGGUACUUUAUAAUACAACCUCGUUCGAGUGUUCAUGCAUGUAUCAACACUGAUAAGAACGAACGGUCUGAUCUUCGGAACGAAGCGUUCGAUCGUAUUUUCGGGCUCGCGCUCGGCGCUAAAUCUCUGACUGUCCGACUCGCGCGGAUACGCGUGUUUACCAUCCAAUGUGAUCUUCAUAUUACGCAAAUGCGGCCGCAUUACACCGAAUGCAGCUACCCGGGGUCCCUUCACGUGUUUACGCUGAAUGCGAUUUCCAUACUAGAUAAAUGAAACUCUGAAUUAGGCACAGCCGUAUCUAGCGUUAAAUGCACCGCUAAACACCGUUCGCGAAUGUUGACUCCGGCAACUCCGGCAACAAAUAUAUGACCCGCCUUCACGGCGAAUAUGUAGCUUUAUAUGUAAAACACACGAGGUUCAGUUCCUGAACCAGUAUUUUCCAUGGGGUUUCAAAGACAGCAGGAAAUGUCAGCAUACUCGAAAAGUGCAGAAUUUUGUAACUUAAAUAAAGACCAUGUUAAAUCUUUAAA